UCUCCAGUGUGCUGGCUUUGUGCCCUCCAAUCCUCCCUGUCGGCUGCGUGUCCUCAGACCUGAGCUUGUUUGACUCCGGUGGCUGCGGACAGAUCUUCCUUUCCCAGCUCCCAAGUGAGAGGUGUCCCAGGUGGCACAGCCAGGUCCCAGGCAGAAGCAACACGGUGGGCGCCGGCAGCCGCAGCCCCUCUGCCCACGCAUCCCCCCAUGCUUUUGGGGAUGAGCGCCUGCAGCAGGAAGGCGCUGACCCUGCUCAGCAGCGUGUUCGCCGUCUGCGGCCUCGGCCUGCUGGGCAUCUCUGUCAGCACCGACUACUGGCUCUACCUGGAGGAAGGUAUCGUCCAGCCCCAGAACCAGUCGGCUGAAAUCAAGCUGUCGCUGCACGCAGGGCUCUGGAGGGUCUGCUUCCUGGCAGGUGAGGAACGUGGCCGGUGCUUCACUAUAGAAUACGUCAUGCCCAUGAACAUUCAGCUGACGUCUGAAUCCACAGUCAACGUCCUGAAGAUGAUCCGCUCUGCCACCCCCUUCCCUCUGGUCAGCCUCUUCUUCAUGUUCAUCGGCUUCAUCCUGAGCAACAUCGGCCACGUGCGGCCGCACAGGACCAUCCUCGCCUUCGUGUCGGGGAUAUUCUUCAUCUUGUCGGGUCUGUCCCUGGUGGUGGGGCUGGUCCUCUACAUAUCCAGCAUUAACGAUGAGAUGCUCAAUAGGACCAAGGACUCGGAGACAUUCUUCAAUUACAAAUACGGCUGGUCGUUCGCAUUCUCUGCCAUCUCAUUCCUUCUCACAGAGAGCGCUGGGGUGAUGUCCGUGUACCUGUUCAUGAAGCGAUACACCGCUGAGGACAUUUACAGACCUCACCCUGGCUUCUACCGUCCCCGUCUGAGCAACUGCUCCGACUACUCGGGGCAAUUCCUGCACCCAGACGCAUGGGCGCGGGGCCGCAGCCCUUCAGACAUCUCCAGUGAGGCAUCUCUGCAGAUGAACAGCAGCUACCCGGCUCUGCUCAAGUGCCCCGACUACGACCAGAUGUCCUCAUCCCCGUGCUGAGCGUCACCACCACCCACCUCGUGGUCCCAGCGGCCGGUGGUCACCAUCCUCACUCCGCUCAUCGUUUUUAGGCCUCUGUUUCAGGGCAAUUGUCUGUUUAUAGGAGCAUAAAUAUAACCACAGAGAUUGGUUAUAUAACCAAUAAUGUAACUUAGGGAAUUGGAAUAAUUUUUCUUUCUUUGUUGCUGGUUUUGUUUUAUUUUUUUUAUUUAUUUAUAUUUCUCUACAUGACUGAAAUCUGUCCAAAGCCCUCUUCUUUCAGGUCUUCGUGCUGAGCUAACAGCAGUUCUGCCUGAGGAAGAAAGCCAAGGCUUGACUCAAGAGCAGAAAAAGAAAAUAGAGUAGAACUAGGGAAAAAGCAGUUAUUCUUUCUUUUUGGUUUAGGUAGGCUGCAGGAGUUUGUGCAUUUGGCUGUCACUAAUUGUAGACUCACUGGCCUGAGCACCAGAAAGUGCAAAGGAUUUGUGUAAAUUUCCAAGAAAUAGUCCUCAUUAGAAAAAUAAGAAAUUUGUCUAGAUUGGAUAUUCGCUGAUCAAUACGUCUCGUUGCUGGAUAUCACUUCUAACCAGGCUGCAAUGGGAAAUAGCCAUCUUUCUCGACUAUACCUCAGCAGGCUCAGAUGCCAGCAGGUUGCCACUUCUCUGUGGCUGAUGUCACCUCCCCAUCCUGGAGGCACUGCAUUGCCUUCCCUUCGCCAUCCCAGUGAUGGGGUCUGAAGAGCAGCUGGAAGGAUUUCAGUGCAGCAUCAAGUGGAAGACUACCUAAAGCCUUCCUGUGGGAAAUGCUAGGCACAAAAAUUUAGGGAAAUCAUGUCCAUCUGGGCAAGGCCCUACCUGAAAUGGAAGUCAUUUCAGUGAAAGGCAAGACCCCAACUGGUGUGAAGUGGCAUAGCUGAAACUAUUGGCACUCAUCCACCAUAGGAAAGUAGUUGAUCUUUGUUUUAAUUUGGCAGAAAAAUGGAAUUUUAGCUGCUUUUCAUGUGCGUGUAUGAGGCUUGUUUUGAGGUUAUACAUUUUAAGUUGUCAUAUGAUGCACUUUGGUCCCAGGAGAAUGACUGCUGCCGUGUUGAGAGCAUCCAUCAGAUGAGCAUGCCAUACCAGCUGUGGGCUCAUUGCCUUUCUGAAGGAGCUUCCUCAAACUUCAGUUCUGGUCUUUUUAUUUUGAACCUUUCUGGACAUUUCUGUUGUGCAAAACAAAACCCUCCAAGGACUCUUGAUAUAUUUGAGCUUGUUUCAUCUCACUGUAAUUAAAACAAAUAGAAUAUGUAUAUUUGACCUCA